GGUUUGCUAGCUGUAGAUACUACUCUCUGUUACUAUAUAACUAUAUGCCUCGCUAACUCGAUAUAUAUUUAAAGAAACUUGCAACUCUAGAGAGAGAAAGAAGAUCGAUGGAGGAUUUGGUAUUGAAGAUGGUGUGUUCGACGGUUAUGGCGGCGGUGGUUUGCUUCGUCAUUCAUUUCUACAGAACAACGGUGGUGAUUAAGUCACAGACGGUGAGGCGAAAACUCCGCGUUCAAGGAAUCAAAGGUCCUUCUCCUUCGUUUUUCUAUGGAAAUCUUUCAGAAAUGCAUCGGAUUCAGCUGAACGCAAUCAAACCUUCUCAUUCUCAUAUUGUAUCUCAUGAUUACACGUCUUAUCUCUUCCCUUAUUUCGAACACUGGAGAAAACUAUAUGGUCCAAUAUAUACAUAUUCAACAGGUUUCAGACAACAUUUGUAUAUUAACGAUCCAGAGGCUGUAAAGGAAAUGAACUUGUCCACCAGUAUAGACUUGGGGAAGCCAAUUUAUAUGACCAAAAGACUCCAAUCCAUGCUUGGCAACGGCAUUAAUAGGUCCAACGGUCACCUUUGGGUUCAUCAACGUAAAAUUAUUGCUCCUCAUUUCUUUGUCGAUAAACUGAAGGGUAUGGUGGGGAUAAUGGUGGAGUCAGCAGAAGAUGUGGUUAGAAAAUGGGAGGAAUUAAUUGGGACGGUGGAGAUUAGGGUUGAUGAGGAGUUAAGAAGCCUCUCAGCUAAUGUGAUUGCUAGGGCUUGUUUUGGGACCUCUUUUUCCAAAGGCAAACAUAUUUUCUCCAAGCUUAGAACUCUCCAAAAACUCCUCACUAACCAAAGCUUGCUUUUUGGCAUGCCAGGUUUUGGGUUUUACGGUUACAAGAAUCGCAAAUUGAUCAAGAACUUGGAACGAGAAGUGGAGUCACUAAUAUGGGAGACAGUUAAAGAACGAGAAACAAAAUGCUUAGAAAAAGAUUGUAUUGAAAAAGAUCUAUUGCAGCAAUUACUUGAAGAAGCAACACUCAAUGAUACUGAUUUUUCAGCCAAACGAUUCAUAGUUGACAACUGCAAGAGUAUAUAUUUUGCAGGUCAUGAAUCUACUGCUACUGCUGCCACUUGGUGCUUGAUGCUCCUCGCAUUACAUCCCGAGUGGCAGUCUCGACUCCGAGAGGAGAUCGCUCGAUUUUGCAGUCAUGGCUUCGAUUCAGAUUCAUUAUCCAACUUGAAGAUGAUGGAAAUGUUGAUACAAGAGGUACUGAGGCUAUAUCCACCAGGAGCAUUUGUGUCAAGAGAGACACUUGAAGAUGUACAAAUUGGCAAAAUCAAAGUUCCAAAGGGUGUAUGCAUUUGGACUUUGAUUUCAACUUUGCAUAGAGAUCCAAACAUUUGGGGACCCGAUUCCAAUGAGUUUAGACCCGAAAGAUUUGCCGACGGAGUUUCUAAAGCCUGCAAAUUUGCUCAAGCUUAUAUCCCAUUUGGACUCGGGACUCGUUUGUGUUUAGGCAAAAACUUCGCGAUGAUCCAGCUCAAGAUCAUUCUCUCGCUCAUCAUCUCCAACUUUACAUUCACUUUGUCUCCUAAUUAUUGUCAUUCUCCUAUUUUUAGAAUGAUCGUCGAACCUGAACAUGGAGUCCAGAUUAUUUUUCGAAAGGUUUAAAUUGCAAUAUGUAACUAGCUUUUGAAAUAAUUAAAAAAAAAGUGCUUGAAAUUAAUUUUCUGUGAAAAUAAAUUGUACAAUAUAGCUACUAUAAUGCUGUAAUAUUAUUGGAAUUGAGCGAGCCUUCUUGUAAAUGUAAAUAAAAUUUGCCUUGAUAUUAAAAGUAGUAAUUUUAGUCAA